CCUUGUUGUCCUCCCUUCUUGUUUACUUCAUCCUCUUCAUCCUCCUUCUUCCAUCCGUUCUGCUCCGGGAGUCUUGAUCGGACAGAUACUUGUGUGCUUGAUAUCCGCUUUUACCUUGUUUUAAUUGCCUUCUCUCCUUCUCCCUCUCCCUAUUCAACAUGCAGCGAGCUCUUUCUUCCCGGACUUCGGUCCUCUCUGCCGCUUCCAAGCGCGCCGCUUUCACCAAGCCUGCUGGUCUGAACCUUCAGCAGCAGCGAUUUGCUCACAAGGAACUCAAGUUCGGCGUUGAAGCUCGCGCUCAGCUCCUUAAGGGUGUCGACACCCUUGCAAAGGCUGUCACAUCUACUCUUGGUCCCAAGGGUCGCAAUGUCUUGAUCGAAUCCCCCUACGGCUCCCCCAAGAUCACCAAGGAUGGUGUUACUGUUGCCAAGGCCGUCCAGCUCCAGGAUAAGUUCGAGAACCUCGGUGCUCGUCUCCUACAGGAUGUCGCUUCCAAGACCAACGAACUCGCUGGUGACGGUACAACCACCGCUACCGUUCUCGCCCGCGCUAUCUUUUCCGAGACCGUUAAGAACGUUGCUGCUGGCUGCAACCCCAUGGAUCUGCGCCGCGGUAUCCAGGCUGCUGUCGAAGCCGCUGUCGACUACCUCCAGCAGAACAAGCGUGAUAUUACUACUGGAGAGGAGAUUGCUCAGGUCGCUACCAUCUCUGCUAACGGUGACACCCACGUCGGCAAGCUUAUCUCCACUGCCAUGGAGCGCGUCGGCAAGGAGGGUGUUAUCACUGUCAAGGAGGGCAAGACCCUUGAGGACGAGCUUGAGGUUACUGAGGGUAUGCGUUUCGACCGUGGUUACACCUCCCCCUACUUCAUCACCGACGCCAAGGCUCAGAAGGUUGAGUUCGAGAAGCCUCUGAUUCUCCUUUCCGAGAAGAAGAUCUCUGCUGUUCAGGACAUCAUCCCUGCCCUUGAGGCUUCCACCACUCUCCGCCGCCCUCUGGUUAUCAUCGCUGAGGACAUUGAGGGUGAGGCUCUUGCCGUCUGCAUCCUGAACAAGCUCCGUGGCCAGCUCCAGGUUGCUGCAGUCAAGGCCCCCGGCUUCGGUGACAACCGCAAGAGCAUCCUCGGUGACCUCGGUGUCCUCACCAACGGUACCGUCUUCACUGACGAGCUUGACAUCAAGCUUGAGAAGCUCACCCCCGACAUGCUCGGCUCCACUGGUUCCAUCACCAUCACCAAGGAGGACACUAUCAUCCUGAACGGUGAGGGCAGCAAGGACGCCAUCGCUCAGCGUUGCGAGCAGAUCCGUGGCGUCAUGGCCGACCCUACCACCUCCGAGUACGAGAAGGAGAAGCUCCAAGAGCGUCUCGCCAAGCUCUCUGGCGGUGUUGCUGUCAUUAAGGUCGGUGGUGCUUCCGAAGUCGAGGUCGGUGAGAAGAAGGACCGUGUCGUUGAUGCUCUCAACGCCACCCGUGCGGCCGUCGAGGAGGGUAUCCUUCCCGGCGGUGGUACCGCUCUCCUCAAGGCCGCCGCCAAUGGCCUUGAGAACGUCAAGCCUGCCAACUUCGACCAGCAGCUCGGUGUCAGCAUUGUCAAGAGCGCCAUCACCCGCCCUGCCCGCACCAUUGUUGAGAACGCCGGUCUCGAGGGCAGCGUCAUUGUGGGCAAGCUCACUGAUGAGUUCUCCAAGGACUUCAACCGUGGUUUCGACAGCGCCAAGGGCGAAUACGUUGACAUGAUCGCUGCCGGUAUUGUCGACCCUCUCAAGGUUGUCCGCACCGCCCUCGUUGAUGCUUCCGGUGUCUCUUCCCUGCUCGGUACCACCGAGGUUGCUAUUGUUGAAGCUCCCGAGGAGAAGGGCCCUGCUGCCCCUGGCGGCAUGGGUGGUAUGGGUGGUAUGGGCGGCAUGGGUGGCGGCAUGUUCUAAGCUGCUCAACUCAACCUAUCAUCUCAUAUUGUACCCAUAUUGGUGUUUUACUAGAAGUUUUUCUUUCGAGCGUGUCUUUGCAUACAAUGGGCAUUCAUCCAUGAUAUGUUUUGAGAUCUCUAUGUACUAUUUCCUUAUGUCUUUAAUGUGUUAUAUGUCCUUGUGUUACUCAUCCUGACUUCACUAUCCUCCUACCUACCUAUAUCCUAUACCUCUUGUUAUCCCUACGCACUGUUGGUUAUCAUCUCCACUCUACCUUGUUGGCAUAAAGUCAGGGGAGUAUGUAUUAUAUCUUUCACGAA